GGGCCACUUCCGGCGGAAGGACCGCGCGGCAGUCGCGCGCGCAGAGCUGCCCCUCGUGCCUUGCGCUCCCGCUGAGGGACCCCCCGCGGCUGCCCGACGUGCUUCGCGGCGCGUGCGGGAUGCCGUGCGAGCCGCGCAGCCGCCUGGUGGCCGAGCUGCUGCUGCAGGCGGGCGAGGGAUCCCGCGGCAUCCUGUGCCUCUGCUCGCGGGCCUUCGUGGAGGAUCGAAAAUUAUAUAAAUUAGGACUAAAAGGGUUUUAUGGCAAAGAAGAUUAUGACAGUACAGGAGAGGAGCAAACAGAGGAAGAGAAGGAAGAGAAUCAUCACUGCAACGUGACACAAAAUUCAAACAACAAUCAUUCUUUGGGCCUGGAAGAGUAUGAACUGGACUCAGAGGCUGAACUCAUGAGGAGUAUGGGGUUACCACUUCAGUUUGGAGGACUGUCAGCUCACAAGGAAUUUGUGGCAUCAGAAAAUUCCAGAAAAAGGAAUAGCAUAAUGAAGAAGAAAAAGAAAAAAAAGUUGCAUGAAAAGCACUUGAAUGAGAUCAUGCGGGAAACCUGGAAAGAAGAUUUUGAAGACCACGCCCAGUCUUUUUCAGAUGAUUCAGCUUUAGUUACAGAACAAACGAAGGAGAAAAAAACAUUGCAGCUUUUGAAAGAUGACAACUGUGAAAAUAGAGAUUGCAAUAUUAAUGAUGCUUUGCCUAAUGAACUGCAAGAGAAAUGGGAAAAAUACUGGAGUGAGUAUGGAGAAGGUCUUCUGUGGCAAAGUUGGCUGGAAAAGAACACAGAAGUAGAAUUGUCUGAGAGUGCACCUACAUCUGAGCCCUGGAACUCUCCUGACACCAAGGAAAUGUGGGAGCAGCAUUAUAAUGAGCUAUACUGGUAUUACUGGGAACUAUUUCAGUACUGGGCAAGUCAAGGGUGGACUGUUGACAGCUCCCAUAAUGAUGGCACAGAAAUCAAUGCAUUUAAAUUAGAAAUGGAUCUACCAGGAAAAGUAGACUGUAGUACAGAUGCUGUCUUUGGGCAAGUGCUGGACUCGCAACUUUCUUCUGUUCCUCUCUCCAACACCAGAAGUAAAGAAAACCCAGUUUCACAUGAUGAGCACCAUAAUGAAAUCCUCACUGGGAUUAGUAACUUAAAUCUGGAUUUGGAGGAAGUGGAGAAGAGCAAAUUAGCCCUAACAAUACUUUAUGAUAGCCAUCAAAAUCUGAAUUCGACUUGUAAUAAAAGGCAGUGUCCUGGUGUUUCCAGCCAGAAAGAAUCAUGUGAUGGAGGAACCAGAAAAAGUGCAUCUCCUGAAACUAUAAGUGUUACCCAAUCAGAUUCACAGGCGCUAUCUGGACCUAAUUCAAAUGACCAAAGAAGAUCACACAACAAUGAUGAGGAAGAAGAGGAAGAAGAGCCACCUGAAUAUAAACAUGCCAAACUCAAAAGGAGCCAUGAACUGGAUGCUGAUGAAAAUCCUGUUGCAGAUGCUGAGGAAACUUGUUCUCUUCUGGGAUUCAAGCACGGCACAGGACAAAAAUUUGGGGGUAUUUCAAACUUCAGCUGCAGGAGGGUCCAGUAUUUGGAGAAAAAUGCAAAGCUCAAAUCCCAGUUCUUGGACAUGCGCAAACCAGCCAAGAGAAAAAACAAACACAUCAUCUUCACAGAAGAGUCAGAAAUGUUGUCUUGCCAGAAAAGUAAAACUUUGAGCAAGGUAGAGAAGUUCCUAAAACAGGUCAGUGAACCUAUGCUGGAGACUAUGAUCCCGGAAUCCUUUGCACAGGAUAAGGUACAGGGAUCCUCUACAAGCAGUGACUCUGAGCAACAGGAAAGUUCACAAAGCAAUAAUCUUAGUGUUAAAAAGCAUGAACCGCUAUCUUCUAGCAUUUUUAGUCGUGGACUUGGAAUAAACAGCUUUGAUGAAGAGGAGAAGGAAGAUGCAACAAUAGGUGGCUCCACCUCUCAGAGCUCAGGAAGACAGGAAUAUCAUUCUGGACGACAGCUAGUUGCUCUGGAUAUUCCAGAUUAUCUUCAGAUAGAAACAGAAAGUAUGAGUGAAGUUGUAGCUGAACCAAAUACCCAAAAGAAGAAAAACAAGAAGAAGAAGAAGAAAAAGAACAGAAUGGCCCCACCAUCUUUACCUAUUGAGAUUGCUACUGAUCCUGAACUGGCCAAAUACUGGGCACAGCGUUACAGACUGUUCUCUCGGUUUGAUGAGGGGAUUAAAUUAGAUAGAGAGGGCUGGUUUUCUGUUACACCUGAGAAGAUUGCGGAACAUAUUGCAAGCCGUGUCAGGCAGUCCUUCAGCUGUGAUAUAAUAGUGGAUGCGUUCUGUGGAGUUGGCGGAAAUGCUAUUCAGUUUGCCUUGGCAUCAAAAAGAGUGAUUGCGAUCGAUAUUGACCCUGUUAAGAUCAGUCUUGCCCGCAAUAAUGCAGAAGUGUAUGGAGUAGCUGAUCAGAUAGACUUCAUAUGUGGAGACUUCAUGCUGCUGGCUUCUCAUAUAAAAGCAGAUGUUGUGUUCCUCAGCCCUCCUUGGGGAGGGCCUGAUUAUGCCACAGCAGAAAUCUUCGAUGUUAGAACAAUGAUAUCACCUGAUGGAUUUGAAAUUUUCAAGCUGUCCCAGAAGAUCUCAAACAACAUUGUGUAUUUCUUGCCACGCAAUGCUGACAUUGACCAGUUUCCAAAAAUCAAGCACAGUGUAAACAGUUACAUACAGAUAGUUGAAGAACCCACUGACUUCACCUGGUGACGUGUUCACUUACAGUGAUUUUUCAAACAAAGCAGUAAAACCAUUUGGAUCAGAAUUUGUCUCUAAGGUAGUAGUGAUGGUUCUUGUUAUCGCUUGUUUUUUCUUUAGGGAGUUUGCCACUCUCUUGAAAUAUUGCACCUUUUAUUCUUAAUGAGAGAGAGCAUAGAUGUGAAAUGGCUGCUGUGCAUAUUGAUCCAUUUUCCCUUCUCUCAAACUGUUAAUACCUUUGCUAAGAGUACGUGACCUAGGCUGAAGGAGAUGGUCUUUCUAAUAUACUCAUAUUUGAUCUGAAACUUAGAAGGAGAACUUAUAACUAGAUCCUAGGUUUCUGUCCAGUGUUAUUUUGAACUACACAAAAAAACUACAUAUAUUCUAUCAUUGAAUGGUAAAAAUAAAAUUGGUUUUGUGGCGUGGCCCAACUAAUAUGAUGACCUAAGUGGGUUCUAGACAAAUCUCUAUGUAAAUCAAGGAAACAUGGUUUCACAUGGAAAAUGCAUAUACAGGCAGUCCCCGAGUUGCGCGGAUCCGA